UGUGUUAACUGAUGGGGGGCAUAUCUGGUCUUCUCCUUUCUCAUACUUUUGCUGAACUCAGAGACAAAUUUGCUAAUCACAUUGUGGUGCUUAUUACCUGAAAAAUAUUGUGAAUGAUGCCAUACUGGGGCCUACACAGAGGGAUCAUUUACAUUUUGCUCUGGCUGGGGCUUGAUGCUGGAACUAGUGUUGAUGUUCUUUAGGACUUCAGGCUGCUCGAAUCUGAAUGUUGUUUGAACUGUUUUUACCUGGCAAGAACCUUACUUUGAAUGAUGGUUAUAUCUUACCAUCAUCAUCUUUAAUCAUGUGAAAUUCGUGUAUUCUGUAGAUCAACAUAGUAAUUUCGAAAUAAGUUGCAGUAAAAAUCUUGGAGGCAGAAUUACAAGCCUUAAAUAACACAUGUAAGCUUUUCGAGGUUUAAUUCCUUAUAUUACAGUAUAAGUGAAAACCUCAUGGCCGCCUGGCCGGAACAGGCUGCAACAGCAAGGCCCCAAACCUGAUUUUUCAUUAUUAAGUCUCAUGUGCUCAGCAUACUCCUUUUACACGUCUCUACACAUAUGACCCUCUGUUCAAAUGCCUUAAAUUGUUUGCAGAUUUUGAACCUCUUUCUUCUGUCAGCAUUGGUGGUUUUCUCAUGUUAUCAGUUGACACUUAAUUCUUUUUUAAGCAGAGUUGACACUUAGUUCUGUUGAUUGAUAUAUGCAGCUAAAAUAUCAACCCAGGAAUGGCAAUGUCUUGGACACGAGCAUUGAAGCAUGGAGUUACUCCAAGGGAUGCAGCUCAACUGGUCGGGAUAAGAGGCUUUGCAGCUCAGGCCAAGGGAAAGAAGGGUGGGAAAGGUGGUGCGGCUGAUGCUAAACCUGUGCUCAGCAAAGAAAUGAAGAGUACAACUGUGUUUGGGGCAAAUAUCCUGAAGGAGGGUUCUGACCCGAAGAUCCAACCAGAUUCGGAGUACCCUGACUGGCUGUGGCACCUGGUUGACAAGCGUCCUGUGCUGAGCGAGCUGCGGAGGAAAGAUGCCAAGACACUGCCUUAUGAAGACCUGAAGCGUUUCGUCAAGUUGGACAACCGGGCUAGGAUCAAGGAAAACAAUGCUCUCACUGCUAAGAACUGAUCAGGAGAAUCACAUCUCAUGUAGUGGUCAAAGUAAGCAUAUUGUCCUGUCUUUUGUUACAAGGUUUAUUAGUUACUUUUGGUAAUAAUGGAGUGACUUAUUUGCUUGGCUCAGUACAAUGUAGGCUAUGUGACCAACAUGCUGUUUGUCAUGUUCUUGUUUAGAGGUAACUUCUGUAUCUUGCAGCAAAUCCUGUAGGAAGUUUCCCAUGCUCUUGCUUGGCUUGGUACACUGUUUUGCAGCAGGAGUUUUAAGCCUAUCAAUAGAAAGACAGAGAUAUUUGAAUA